AAUGGCUGAAAUCCAAGUGUGUGUGUGAACAAAAUUUGUAUGAGAAAAUUUGCGUGUAAAACAUAUACGAAAUAUAUUUGACUUCUACCGAAAAAGGCGUUCUUCCGUGCCACAUUCUAGACAGUUGAAGCGAUUGUGCACACGAAAAUGCAAGUGUAUGAUUAACUAUUCGGCAAACAGAAAAAAAACCGAAUGAUUGAUGCCUUCCCUUCGGCCUCUGCGGACUGCAAUUACAGACGGGCCUCGAAACUUUGUGGGCUCCCUCCUUGGUGAAAAAUGAAAAUGAUGUAGCUGCAGAAACAAGAAAAGAAGAAGCUCAGAACAGAACCGAAGCGAAGAAAUAGCUACAUAGAUGAAAAUUCAGCGAAACGAAUAUCCCCUAUAUGUAAUUCAAAACCGACAAUUCAAAGUGUACAUCUACACAUCUAUAACCUGAUAUAUACACAUACGCAGUUGCAUCAGCAUGCCUGACCGUGAUUCGGCUUCUGAUUCCGAUGAUUCCGGUGAUUGCAGCCGUCGCGGAGGCGCUAAAAUGAAUCAGCAGCAGCAGCAACAGCAACAGCAGCCGUCUUGCAGCAAAAACUCUGCGCCGGAUAAGAGGAAUCGACGCAUCAUUAUGCGCAUCGAAUUCAAUGACUCUGACGACACCGACGAAGCCAACCCCCCCAACCCUGGCGAUGAUCCUGACCUUGACGCGAGACCAUCCUGCUCGACGGCGGCCACGCGUCGUAGCGGCCGCCGACAGCGUCGUCCCCCUGCCAUUCAAGACUCCGACUCGGAUGCCGUGCAAAGAAGAUCCACGCGCAAUCGAAGGAACCGCUAUGGACCCCAAAGUGAUGACUGCUCCUCUAGCGGCAGCGAGAUCGAACAACGCCCCAAGCGAUUGCGAGGCCAAAGCGGCAAGAGGAAAAAGCUAGAAUCCGAUGAAGAAGAACCAAGCGACGACGAUGAGGCCAAGACGAGACUCGGCCCCAGGCCCGCGACUGCGGAGGAUCCCGGCUUCAGCUCCGACAGCAGCAGCAACGAGCUGCUGGAAAAGUGUCCCAUUUGUUUGUUUACCUUCCGGCAGCAGGAGAUUGGGACGCCGGCGACAUGCGAGCACAACUUCUGUGCGCCGUGCAUUGAGGCAUGGUCAAAGAAUGUCCAAACCUGUCCCAUCGAUCGGAUUACCUUCGACAGGAUCGUGGUGCGCGACAACUAUGCCGAUCGAAAUGUGGUGCGCGAAGUGCGCGUGGAUCUGAGCAAAUCAAAGACGGAACUGGCCCUAGAGGAGGAGGAAGACGCGGACGCCACUGUGGCCGAUGUGACCAACUGCGAGAUAUGCCACAGUCCGGAGCGGGAGGAUGUGAUGUUGCUCUGCGACAGCUGCAAUCAGGGCUACCACAUGGACUGCCUGGAACCGGCGCUGAGCGAGAUACCCGAGGGCUCCUGGUACUGCGACGAAUGCAUUGAUUCCAACGAUGAGAAUUCCGAUGAUAACCUCGACCUGGCCGAGGACCUAAACAUGCUGUACGAGGACAUUCGCGGCAUGGGUCUGCCCGAGACGCGUCUGCGCGUGAGAGAGGUUCAGCAACAGCCAAGGAUACUCCGUACCCGCCAAAACGAACGCAUACGCGCUGCUGUUUUGCGUCGCACCCGUGCCGCCACAUCAGCGGAGGCGGCCUCCUCUGGCUCCACCACCACCCGUACGCGUACCACCCGUACCACAACCACAACGACAACAACCACGCGCACCACAACAAACCGUCGACAAACGACGCAGCGACGAAGGCGUCGCCGCACACGCCAUCGCACCUACGUCGUGGAGUACGACCUCAACAACUUUGACGAGAAGUUUGCCCUGAAGACGACCAGCAAGAAGGUCAUACGUCGUCGUCGGCGGCGACGUCGUCGCGUGGUUGCCUCGUCCGCCAGCGAUGAAACGGGCCGCCGUCGUCUGACUGCCAGCAAAAGGCUGGCGGAGCAGCUGGGCGUCAAGGCGGAUGGCCUGCGUUCGUAUCUGAGCGGCGGAAAUGCCACCAGCUUCACUCUAUUUGGUAAUGCCAACGAUCUGGAGUACUUUUCGGACAGUGAAGGCGGCCAGGACGAUGCGGGAGGAGCAGGCGCUGGAUUGGGCGCCACAGCAGUGCAGACGUCGGUGCGCAUUGCCAGCGUCGGCAAUCCUCGCACGCGCAAGGCCCUGCUACAGGGCAAGGCGCGUACAGCGGCCACAACGUCAGCGUCAUCGGCCAGCGAUAUUCUGUCCAGCAUCUUGGAUCUGCAGGAUCGCUGGCAUGGGGCAUCGCGCAACCUUAGCGAAGUGCAGAUCCGUGCCGACGGGAGUCUGAAUCUGCCACAACGUGCGGCAGCAACAGCAGCCGCAGCCGCAGCUGCAGUCCCAACGCCAGCGCCAGCCCCCACUGCAGCAGCCUCCAAGCCACCCGCGGAACCCAUCACUCAGGCACCGCUCUAUCAGCGCGGCGGCGCCGGACCCAACUUUAGUCGUGGCGGCGGUGGCGGUGGCUCCGGCAAUCGCUAUGGCGGCAACAGCAACUACAACAGAGGCGGUGGCGGUGGAGGUGGCAAUCAAUAUCAGCGGCACUCUACGGGCGGUGACGGUGGUGGUGGCGCCGGCGGGCAAGGCGGCAGCGGAUUCAAUCAGAAUUUCAACAAUAAUAAUCCGAGCGGCAACAACAACGUCUCCAGCUUUACGCCGUUUCACCUGCGCUUUAACACGCCCAAUCGCCAGCAGCAACAGCAGCAGCAACGGAACCAACACAUACAGCAACAGCAGCAGGGACCCGGGACGAACUCCUCACCGUUUCGCGGCAGUGGGCCCAACAAUCCCGCCGUCGUGUCAUCCCCAGCAACCAAUAACUAUUCACAAAGACCUCCAAUGUUUCCCCUGAGUCAUAUACCAGCACCGGUGAUGCCUGGUCCUGGUCCAGGGGCUGGUCCUGCGGUGGCUCGUCUUUCAAUGCCCGCAGUGCUGACUGUACCACCGCCACCCACACCACCGGCCAGCCUCUCGUGGAACAGUCCCCUCUUCAAGCUGAGCACGGACUAUGCUCAGCAGCGGCCACAAGCAGCAGCAGCAGCAGCGAUGACGACAAGGACGCAGAGCGGCAGAAAGAUGGACGACGAUGAUGAUGAUGCCGACAACUGUCCAAACUUUUCGAUUUACUCGCAGGAAUCACAGGCGGUGGCAAAUGCCACGGCACUGCCCAUUGGGCCACAGCCAAGGCCAACAGCCGAAGAGGCAGACAAGGAGGACGAUGACAUGAAUGAGGAUUUAGUACAAUUAGACGACGACGAUGAUGAUGAGGAGGAUGCUGCAGCAGCGCAGGAGGAUAACAGCAUACCAUUGCCGCCAGAAAAGCCAUCCGAUCUGUACGAGCCAGAGAAUCCCACAGAAGAGCAGGAGGAGGGCGACUCCAACAUCGAUGGAGAACCCAUGGAGGAGGAGGAGGAACCUGAGCUCGAGCCACGGGCAGAGCCAGAACCCGAAACGGAACGAAUUUCGAGUAAUAGCAACUCAAAUCUGGAGCCAACAGUGGACGAAGAUGAGGAGACCAAGACGCACAGCACUCCCAGUCCCAGUGCUAGGGUGCGGGAUCGUGCUGGAGCCGAAGGGGACAGAGGCAAGGGUGUGCUGGAGCUGUAUGACGACAGCGACUGGGAGGAGCUGGACAUUGACAAGCCCAAAGAGUUUGAAAAGGCGUUGGAUGCCACCACAGAAGUGGCUGCAGCAGAGACACCGGCUGUGGCUGCCACCUCCCAGCUCCCAACGCCUGCCAAGAAGAAGGACAAGGAGGGUGCAGCAAGGAAUAGAAGUAGCAGCGACCGAGAGCCAGAUCGUUCCUACACGCCCUGUCUGGAUGAAAAAGGAGACGAUGACGAUGACGAGGAGGCCUCUGCAGCGAGCGAACGGCAGCAGGCCGAUGUGUCCACUAGUCCCAAGACGCCCUGCUCCAAGUCCAGUGACGACGAGGAAAAUGCAGAGCAAGAGGCGCCGGAGAACAUUGGCACGGAACUCAUUUCCGAGGAUGAUUUGGCCAAUGAGAAUGAUUCGAAGCAGAGACGCAGUCGCAGUCGCAGUCGUCGACGCAGCGAAGGAGCAGGAGGAGGAGCUGCCACCGGCGGUGCCGCCAAGGAUCCAUCGAGAGAAAACGAAAGCAAAUCAAAACGUUCGAAGCGUGGCAAGGAUGAGACCUUCAAGAAGGUGAGCAAGCGGCCCAAAGAGCGCAACUAUCGCGGCGAUAAGCAGACGGACGAUGCACGCAGCGGCUCCCGACGACGCACAAAGACACCGCGAAGGAGUUCGGCGGCGUCCAGGAGUCCCCAGUCGCCCAGGGGCUCGCGGAGUCCGCCGCAGCCCCACAGCCGCAGUCGCAGCCGCAGCCGCAGUCCGAGCAGAAGUCGCAGUCGGAGCCCCAUUCGGAGUCGCAACCGACGCAGGCCGCGUGGCAGCCGCUCUAAGUCUUACUCGAGGUCCCGUUCCCGUUCGCGCUCCCACUCAAAUGGACGCCAUGGACGGUCGUUCCGUGGUCGCGACUUCCAACGUGGCGGAUUCCAGCGUGGCCGUGGCGGCCUGCGCUUCAACUACAACCGGAAUCAGCAGCAGUUCCACAAUCGGCCGUACCAGCAUUUCCACAACCAGGGCCAGAACCACCAGAAUCCGCACUAUUUCCACAACAAUCAGAACAACCAGUACCACAUGCAGAACCAGAGCCAGAACCAGAACUUCUAUCAGCGUCCCAAGCGACGGGAGCUGGCACGCUACGAUGUGCGCAAUGUGGUGGGCGCCGGGUCGCGCCAUAAUAUGCCCACGGCCAAGGAUCGCUAUGGCCGCGAUGCCAUGCGCUCGGCGAGGAGUCGUUCCGGCGGCAGCUUUGAGCGUCGUCGCUCCUCCCACAGUCCUGCGUUCUCGCGCAGCGGCUCCCGUGGUGGUGCACCCUCACGCUCACGCUCGCGUUCGCCAACGCCCAAGCGGUUGCGCAGCUUCAGUAUAUCGCCCUCACCGCCGCCGGGCACGUCGCCGCAUCGCAAGCAGCAGCGACGCAGGUCCAUGUCGCCGGGACCAGGACGUCGCUAUGUGCGCUCGCCGUCGGCAUCGCCACCCAAGCAGCGAAGGGAGUCGCCGCCAAUGCAUCCGAUGCACGCGAUGGAGCGCGGUGGUCAUAGCCCCAUUUCACUAAGAUCUGGCUCCCACACGCCCACGCGAGUGAAUGGAGGCCGUAACUUGGCGCCACCGCCCGUGUACCACAAUUCGCCGCGCUAUACGCCUCGACUGAGUCGCAGUCGGACGCGUUCGAAGAGCCCCAAGGCGGUGACCAAGAAGAAGAAGAAGAAAGCGGACAAGAAGAAGAAAAACAAGAAGCGGACGGCCAGCACUAGUCCGACAACGGCCGCUCGCAUGAGGCGCAUCUCGCGACAGCGCGAUCCGUUUGAGGACGCCGAUGACUUCCUGGCGCCCCAAAAGAAGCGACGCCACUCGCCGCCCAUCAGCAAGGGUGUGUCGACGGGCCAUUGGUCGCCAUCGCCCAGCCUCUCCGAUGAUCAUAUGAAGUUUAUACACGAUGGCGGUGACAAGAACUCCUCGUGGACACCGCCUCUGGGCUCGCCCAAGGGCCUGCUUGGUCAUCCCGGCCACGGCCACUAUGCGGAUGAUGGGCGACGCAGUGUGACGCCACUGGGCAUUGGCAAGAAGGCGAAACGGAAGCGGGACAAGAGCAAAAAGAAAAAGAAGCCAAUCGACAAGCUGCAGCGCAAGGAGAAGAAGAAUCGCAAGCGUCGCACCCAAACACCCGAGCCGAUACCCUCGAAGGAGGUCUUUGCCUCGGGCAACAACAUCCUCGUGAGCGUCAGCUUCAACAAGGAGCCGGCCAGCGGCACGAUGGCGAGUGCCCUGCAGCAACAGCAGCUGCAGCAGCAGCAACAGCAGCAGACGGUGGUGACCAUGCCCGCGCUGCGGCAUGAUGAUCUUCUGGCGAAUCGUUUGACCGGCUCCUCCAUGGACCGGCUGCUGAGCAACGCCAGCGUGAAGCCAAAGCUGAAGAAGGACAAAAUCCGCAAGCGCAAGAAGUUGGACGCCAAGCCGGUGGCCAUCAUAGACUUGGAGCGCUCCCCGUUCCAGGUGCAUCAGGAGCCCGCGGAUGUGAUUGUGCUCACGGACAGCGAAGAUGCCAACGAGGCGCCGCCGCCGCCGCAUCCGAUGCGCAGGGAUAGGGAGAGAGAGAGCAGAGCAGAACAGCAGCAGCAGGAGCAGCAGCAGCAGCAACAGCAGCGGGAGCGACACCAGCGGCGACGCGGCAGUGGCGUGGCAUCACCGGCGGAGCACCACGACCUGAUGCGGGAGAACGGUCAGCGGGAGAAGACGCCACAGGUCGAUUCGCUGGCCACGAUUAUGGAGACCUCCUCGUACGAGACUCUGCAGCAGACGACAGGGCCCAAGACCCCGCCAGAGCCACCAAUUGUCAAGUUCAAUCUACCUGCCAAGAAACAGCACAACGUGCGCAGCAAUCCCCUGCACGAGGAUGCCGAUGACAUCAAUUCGGCGGACGAGCUGGAGGCUGCCUGCUCCUCGAGGGAGCUGCCUGGCGCUGGCAUCGACGACCACGACAAUGAUGAUGGACAGCAACAGCAGCAGCAGCCGCAUGGCCAUAGCCACGACAGCGGCACACAGAAGAUCGGACCGAAUACGCCGCCAGAGUCGGGACCCUGCUCCCCGGAUGCCUACGAUCCGUUUGAGCCGACCAAGUCGCCCUCCCUGUCGCCCCGAUCACCGACGCCCGAACCCACACAGAAUCUGGAGCAGGCGCUGCCCAAUAGCUCGGGCGCAGCAGGUCCAGGGGAUAAAUCCGACAGCGAUAGCCACAGUCACAGCCACAGCCUGGCCCCAACAGCCGUCUCGAACAGCACCUCGACGCAGACCCAGACACAGGCGAGUGGUGUCAUCAAUCCCGUGGAUCUGGUGAUGGCGCUGAUGAACAAGCCGAACCAAAGUACCAACGCCGGCAGCCAGCAGCAGGAGAAGGCCGGCGGCAAGGCCUGCGACGUUGUCACCUCCACGCAGUAUCUCGGCAGCAGCAGUUCCGUCGUCGGUUCGAGUGCGGGUGGAGGCGGUGGCGGUGGCGAUGGAGGCCACGAUAAAACGCUGGCCGAAGGCAAUACCAUCACAGUCCUCUCCAAUGUGCUGCUCUCGGGCAGCAGCGUGGUGUCCAGCUCCCAGCAUAUACCGGUGAUUUCUAGUCCAACGCCGCUGGCCAAGAAGCUCACGCCGCUACCGAAGGCGGGUGGCGGCAGCGUGGCCAGCAGUAGCAGCUGUGGCAUCGCCAAUCUGCCCACCACAAGCUCUGGCCUGCGCAACGGCGGCGGCGGCAGCGGCAAUGCAGCGAGUGCAACGGUUAGUGCACUGGACGACUCCUUUACCAUGGAUAUUGAGAGCCCAUAUUCACCAGGAUCGGCAGACUAUGAGGAUCUGUUCGAGCCGCCGCAGCAACAACGCUCGAAAGGUGGUGCCAAGACUGAGAUGUUCGACAAUCUCUUUGGCAGCACCUCACCAGUGGGCAAUAUUGCCAGGAUGUCGCGCUUCAAGAAAUCCCAAAGGGGUAACAACAAAGGCGAACGUAAAUCUAGAAAAGGUGGCAAAUCAUCGGACGACCACAAGGCGGCAUACGAUGAUCUGCCCAAUUCGGCAACGGAUCUGCAGAAUAAGGAUAGAUUUUUGCGUAAGCUGAAUCGACAGGAGCGUGUCGUUGAGGAAGUGAAAUUGGUAUUGAAGCCGCACUUUAACAAGAAGGUGAUUACCAAGGAGGAUUACAAGGACAUCAUGCGAAGGGCUGUGCCAAAGAUCUGUCACAGUCGGUCGGGUGAAAUUAAUCCACACAAGAUUAAAAAUCUAAUUGAUGCCUAUGUGAGGAAGUUCCGCGCGAAGCACAAGAAGUUGAGUCUCCUCAAUACGGGGCAGGUUAGCAGCGCCGUCAAGUGUGCCGCCUAUUUAAAGAAGCUAUAAGCUGGAGACCCACAGAGCAAUUGAGCAGCGUCUUGGAUGUGGCACAUUUUUGGGGUGGAUUGAACGAAACGAAAACCAUUUUAGCGGUCGCAUGCAUUCCUACAGUCUACCAUCAACAAAAAUAUUCACCGGCCACACUCGCAAAAUAAAAAGAAAAACAAGAGAAGAAGAAAGAAAAAAACACUCAUAAAUGGUCAUUUAUGUACUAUUGGAAUUUAGUUGUUAAGUCAAUUUUAGGUCACAUUACGAAUGAUUUUUAGGGCAUAAGCGAAAACACACACACUGAAUGGAAGAUAUUUAAAUAUUAAGCAAACCUCUUGGCCACCCACCCCUCCCAAUAUUUUGUUUAGCCCCCAAAGUAAAGGCAGUUUAUUUAUACAACAAAUACAAACAUACAGAUUUAGUUGAUUAGAUUGUUUAUUAUGUAGCAUGACACUUGUAAUGAUAUAACUAUUACCUGUUUUUGCAUUAGCGCGAAUGUAAGUAGUGGCACGGAAGAAGAGUGCCGUGCCAGAACAUAUUGUAUUUUACCUCUGAUAAUUUAAAUAAUUAAGUUUAAAGCCACAAUUAAAAAUCAUUAUUAAUAUGGCCCUGCAACCAUUACACCGCGAUAAACCACCCAUUGACAUGGCACAAAAGCAACACCACUACACACUACUCUGUUCAGUUGUAGCUCCGGCUCGGGUGUAUCCGGCUAUGGGUGUAUUUUAAUUUUGAUCGUUAUAAAAAGAAAUUGUAAUUAUGUAUUCAUAUAGACACGUAAAUAGCUGUGUGCACUCCUCCCUUUCCGUUUGGUGAGUGGUGUAUGCAGUUUUGAUUUAUGAAAGUUUCAAAGCACUUGAUUUUACAUGGUCAUCUGUCUGUCAGUCAUCGUUUAUUGAAUAGAGAGUGAGUGUACGGUACGAGUACUAGUAUGCAUUAAACACACACAAACACACACACACAAUUGAUAAGCGUAUGCAUAUUAUACAUAUAUUAUAUUAAUUGUGCUAAAUCGUUUUGUAAAUAUCCAUAUAAUUGAAAAUAAACGCGAUCAUUAACUAAUCCAAUUUAUAAACUGUCUUUAAAUGUCC